AUGCUCAAAAUUGGCGGCUUUCUGAGUUACUCAGUAAAAAGGAUGGACCGCAGCCCCUCCACGUCCCUCCUCUCCCUGCCGGAGGAGACGGCCUCCCCUCUCACCCGGCUGCCCCGGGCCCCCUCCUCCAGCACACGGGGCAGGGGCGGGACCAGCCCGCGGCCUCAGGAAGGCAGCGGUCACGAGCUCCUCAGGACCUGA